CUCACAAGAAGACACUAUGUUGAGGCUAGCGAGGGUGUGUUGUAUUUUGACGAUUCUUGCCACGUUUGUUGAUAGCAGAUAUGCAAAUAAAGAAAUUGAUGAUUAUAGAAGUUUUGACCCGGAAGAAUAUUUAAGAGCUCGAGAGGAAAAUGAAUAUGGAAUGUUUGACUUAGAUGGUUUUUAUGAACGAACAUACGAUGAAGAUUUCGGCUCUCCGUAUGAUGAAGACUUCGGCUCUCCGUAUGAUGAAGAUGAUAACGAAAGGGAAAUGAGAGACUUUUUUGAAGAAUUAGCCAAGGCAGAGCUAGGCAAUGAUGCACAGAAGGAGCUUCCCUCAACAGACAAACGUCACAAAGAUCACGAUCAUGACCACAAUCAUGAUCAUCACGAUCAUGACCAUGAUCACGAUCAUGAUCAUGAUCAUGAUCACCACCACCACUACGAUCAUCACGAUCACCAUCACCAUCACCGUCAUCACGACAAUUUCCAUCUACCAUAUUAUUUUGAAGACUUGAUAGAAAGGAGUCACUGUUUUGAUUUUGCAUACGUUUUUGGACAUCAUCUCUUAAAGUUUCCGGAUAUAUCUAACUUUGUACGAAAUACAGCUGUAUUUGAUCUUGGAUUUUCGGACAUUGCGGAACAAGCUAUCACAAGUUUGCGACUGGUUCCACAACCUCGUUUGGUUGCUAAAGAAAUGAUGCACAGAUUGGUUGUUCGUAUAUUAAAAGAUUUAGAUGGAUGCCCGGCUACUAAAGUCCACCAAGCAAUUGUUUAUGGAUUGUCUAAGGCUAUGGAACAGUAUACCACUAAGUAUAGAGACCAAAUCUGCCAAUUUAGCGAUGACCUGGAUGCAGUUUCGACAUACAUUGGUCCAAAGCGUGUUUUUGAUGAAUUUAAACGAAACAUAUUUUAUCAAUUGAUGGCUAUGAUCUCUACUGCUGGAUAUGAAGACUUGUUUGAAGAUUUGUCAGAAAUGGAAGACGGACUAGAAGAGAAACUAAGCACUUCUUUAAACGAAACCAGGCAACUAGCUAUCGGCGAUCUUGAACCACUGAUGACUGAACAUUUAAAGCCCACUCUUGGAUGUCAAGAUGAAUUAAGCGUUCACGAGUUGAUCAGGACCAUUCACACCAAAUUGCAGAGUCUAGUUAAUGGUAUUCCUCUAGACGAAAUCUUACCUGAGGUACAAGGACCAAUGGAACCCUAUUUUGAUAACUCGACAAUCUAUUAUGUAGCCCGUCUCAUCCAACAAGUCGGAACCCCAUUAGUUAAUGAAAUCAUGAGUGUAUAUGGUGCUUUUGUAAACAAUGACGUAGACUUCCUUCUUAAUAACCAAAUCAUAGAACCCGAAAUGAAAGAUGGACUUGAAAGAAUUUUGGAAUUUAUUUCAGACAUAGACUUGAGUGCAAAUGCAAACGUUGAUGUGAAUGCCACUAAUACCCGUUCUGCACCAAAGAAGAGAAGUGUUAAUUCAAAUUUAUUGCACCGGUUGAUCAGCCUUUUGAAAGAAAAGGAGUUAUCGCCGCAGAUGAAGAGGAAUGGUUCUAGUUCCCGAAGUUCAGACAGCACCGAUAGUCCUGACGAUUACAGCACGAGCACUACUGAAAGUUAUAAUUCCACCUCCACUAGGGAUGCUGGUUAUACGAACGAGCCAACUACACCGGAGACGACGAUCCUUCCUCAAUGUAGAGCCCUUAUUGGUGAACAGAAUGAAUUCCCUAGUCCUAGUCCUUGCUUCAACUUUGGAAGAGCAGUAUCCGAAAUACUAAGUGGAUUUCCAGCAAUGGACGGGCAACAGCCAGCAACGGAGGUUUCAAUAAACCCAGAAGACCUUCAAGGAGCGAUAGAACAAUCACUGACCGCAUACAGAAUUUUCAACGAUGCAGACUCGUCUGCUAAUGUAUUGAUAUUUUCUGUUAGUAAACUGAUAUUGGAACAGCGAAAGAAAUGUCCUGCAACCAUGUUGAAGAGAGCUCUUUUCUAUAUCGUCGCCAGAUCGUUGGAUAUUUAUGAAAGCGAGAAGCUUGAAUCUAUACAAGAACUAGCCGAGAAAGUUGGAAAUUCGGAAUUGGAGCAAGUGAUAGAUCGAUCAAAUAGAUUUGCCAUUGGUUUUCUCUUAUCCGAAAUACGAGAGCACGCGUUUGCAAAUACAUCUCACCACAUGAGGGAUUUAUUUGUCAAUGUAAGCAAAGUUUUAUCUGAACCGAAUGUAUCUACCAAAAAAAUAGAAAGAGUAAUUGCAAUGGACGAACCUGCAAAAUGGACUUUCCAGUGUAACAACCACGUACACGUGCGAAAUCUGUUAGAAACUAUCAAGGGAUCGAUUGAACACCUGAUCCACGAUCACCAUCUCCCAAUCCCUCAUCUGAUAAAUGGUUUAGAAUUGCCAGAACACACCAGGGAACAAGUACAGAAAAUUGUGUCCAGUUCCUUAACGGGGUUCGUUGAACGGGUUGAUAGUAUCUUUAUGGCAGUUUUGAAAGACAGAAAUUUCCUGGUAGAUCAAAACAUUCUAACUAGUGAACAGGUAGACUAUUUAGAUACAAUUAUAUUUGAAAUUGGAGGUGAAUUAUUGCCCUCAUUUGUGUCCCCAGUCACAGAAAAUGAGAUGAUCGCAUUGAAGGAACUUCAAGAGGCCCUGAUAAAUGAUGCUUCCGGUCCAGACAUUAAGGAAAGAAUUCAGUUCCUUGUCUUUCAAAGGUGUAAAGAACUAAAGAACGUGCACAUACACUUGUCAGAUGAAGAUGUACGGGAAUUCUUCGAGAAUUGCAACACUUUAAAUGCUAGACUAUCGGUUGACACAGAUGCAAAUUUCUCGAUCCGUAAAUAAAGCUUUUCAUCUGGAUUUAA